AUGCCAGGGGAAACGCCAGCUUACAAUGCGGCCCAUUCGCCCACGCAAACAGCUUUCAGUUACUCGCCCACCCAUCGAGCACCCAACUCGCAACCCAACACGCCUGCGCCCUUGCCGCUUCACCACCCCAGCUAUAACCACCCUCACUCCCGCCCUCCGCCGCCAGCCUCGCCUUCUACCACCGGCCUGCCUCCCAUCGCGUCGGCUUUCAGCAGCACCGCCUCCAAGUACUACGACCCGACCUCAGACCAUGGGGACAGGACCGUAGGACGAAGCACGCCGCGAUUCGACGGCCACUACACGCCGCAGCAGAAUCGAGACUCGUACGGCUUUCCUGAAACGCGCCCCCCGGAAGCCUCCUACGACAAGCCCUAUCAUUCACCCGUCGCGAACGCCUUUCCUCAUCGUUCGCCAUUGCAUCACCCCCAAGCCCUCGCCCAUCCGGCAGGGCCGAUGGACACCAUGUCCCAUUCCCCCGUAUCGCCAACGGUAUACCAGUCAAUGGGUCGAGGAGCAGUUCAGGUGCCGCCACAGAACUACGCACGACGGCCUUCGACGGCUGAGACUCCAACACAAGCCCCCGCGAGAACAGCAGACCCUAUGUCGCUUUCGAGCAUCAUGUCUGGCUCUGAUCCUGAGCCACCUGCAUCGGCGCCCCAUCCUCCACCCACAGCUCAACAACCCCCGAUGCCUGCGAAGCCGGCCGCAACAACUGCCCUCCAGGUCAAGCAGGAGGUUUUCGCAUCACCCGCGCCCCCCGAGCUUCCUAUGGCGGACACCAUCGUAGUCUCCCGUCAGCCGUUUGACCAAGUCAUUCUCAACGGCGACUCGCAUUAUCCUCCAGCCCGCAAUAUACCCAUCCCCGACGAGAAGGAAGUGGAAAACGAAGUGGCUCGCAUUGAGACCACGGAGAUGAGCGACGUGGAUAUCCCUGGCUUCGACGAAGAGCGUCUUGAGUACCUGCAACGGGGAAAGAAACGAUCACUGGAGGUUGAGGCUGUUGAAUUGGAGAAGCGCAAGCGUCGACGAACCGCCCAGCUUAAUAGAUUUGCCGAUGUCUUUGCUGCCCACCGCGAUGCAUCGAAAGCGCAGUACAGCAGCACAAUGGAACAGGCAGCUUGGCAAGAAGUUCAGAAUCAAGAAAUCGCCGAAGAGAAAGAACGAAAGAAGGAGAUGCAGCGGAAGCGACGGCGAGAAAAGACGCUCCAGAAUGAGCAAAUCAAGCUGCAGGAGGCAAUCAAAAAGAGUCAAACUGCCCAGACUGAAGAAGAGCGGGAGAAGAGUGUAAGGGAAGCGCAAAAGGCAGAGAAGAAGGCCAAGGCAACCCAACAGCUACUCCAGGGAGUCACCGCAAAUCACGACAUACGAGAGGUCACGCCGCACGCCCCGAACCUCGAGGGUGGCACCAUGAGCUCUUUCCAGAUGAUGGACGAUACUCCACAGCUUGGCAAAAAGCGCGGAAGGACGGGCACGCGUUUGAAGAAGACCAAGGAACAGAAGCAAGCCGAGAAGAACGCUGCUGCCGCCGCACAGGCCGCCAUCGACCGAGGAGAUGAGCUGCCCGUGAUCGCGCCCAGGGAGGAGGCUCGCCUAGAAGCACUCAAGAGUCGCAGCCAAACUGAGGACUACUCAGGCCCCGCUGUUCUUACGCAGUACAACUCCCUGGCCUAUCAGAACCUGUUCAAUCAGAUCUGGAAGGACAUCGCAAAGAAGGAUCUUCCAAAGGUUGUUCGGAUCAAGGAGAAUUCGCUAUCCACAAAGCAGUCCAACCUUCGCAAGACAGCCCAGCUCGCAUCCAAGGAAGCUAGGCGAUGGCAGCUUCGUACGAACAAAAGCAUGAAGGAUGUACAAGCCCGGGCGAAGCGAAGUAUGCGAGAGAUGCUCUCGUUCUGGAAGCGGAACGAGCGCGACGAACGAGACCAGCGCAAGAUGGCCGAGAGGCAGGAGCUGGAGAAUGCGAAGAAAGCGGAAGCUGAACGCGAAGCCAACCGACAGAAGCGCAAGCUCAACUUCCUGAUCUCUCAAACCGAGCUGUACUCCCAUUUCAUCGGAAAGAAGGUCAAGACUGACGAGGUCGAGCGAUCCACCGACGAUGUUGCAGUUGCUGCUCAAACCGCCAUAUCCGCGAAUCCAAACGCUCCAACGGUGACAUUACCAGACGCAGACGCCAACGCAAAGAUCGGCAAGGUUACCAACUUUGAGGAUCUUGACUUUGACGCCGAAGAUGAGAGCGUCCUCCAUGCUGCCGCCAUGGCCAACGCGCAGAACGCUGUUCAAGAGGCUCAGGAUCGUGCUCGCGCGUUCAAUGGAGAGGACCAGAGCAACCAGAUGCAAGACUUUGAUGAGGGCGAGAUGAACUUCCAGAACCCCACAAGUUUGCAGAGCAUGGAUAUCACACAACCCGCCCUUCUCAACUGCACGCUUAAGGAGUACCAGCUCAAAGGUCUCAACUGGUUGGUCAACUUGUAUGAGCAGGGCAUCAACGGUAUCCUGGCAGACGAGAUGGGUCUAGGAAAGACCGUCCAGUCAAUUUCUGUCAUGGCAUAUCUCGCUGAAACCCACAACAUCUGGGGUCCCUUCUUGGUCAUCGCACCGGCCUCCACUCUUCACAACUGGCAACAGGAAAUCGCCCGAUUCGUUCCAAACCUCAAGGUACUUCCAUACUGGGGGAAUGCCAAGGACCGCAAGAUUCUGCGGAAAUUCUGGGACCGAAAGCACAUCACCUACUCUAAGGACUCCUCCUUCCAUGUUCUGGUCACCUCGUAUCAGCUCGUCGUUCAAGAUGCCCAGUACUUCCAAAAAAUUCGUUGGCAGUACAUGAUUCUUGACGAGGCUCAGGCUAUCAAGUCUUCCCAGAGUUCCAGGUGGAAGAGUUUGUUGGGCUUCCACUGCCGCAAUCGGCUCCUUCUCACGGGCACUCCCAUUCAGAACAACAUGCAAGAGCUUUGGGCUUUGUUGCAUUUCAUCAUGCCUAGUCUGUUCGACUCUCACGACGAGUUCAGCGAUUGGUUCUCCAAGGACAUCGAGAGCCAUGCGCAGAGCAACACGAAGCUGAACGAGGACCAACUCAAGCGAUUGCAUAUGAUCCUGAAGCCUUUCAUGCUUAGGCGUAUCAAGAAGCACGUCCAGAAGGAGCUUGGUGACAAGAUCGAACUGGAUGUCUUUUGCGAUCUCACCUAUCGACAACGCGCUUACUACAGUGGUCUUCGCAACAAAAUCAGCAUCAUGGAUUUGAUCGAGAAGGUUGUCGGAGAUGACCAAGACAGUUCCACAUUGAUGAAUUUGGUUAUGCAAUUCCGCAAAGUCUGCAAUCAUCCAGAUUUGUUCGAACGAGCCGACACCAACUCACCACUCUCAUUCGCAUCCUUCGCCGAGACUGCCUCCUUCAUGCGCGAGGGCCAGAAUAUCAAUGUGAGCUAUUCCGUACGAAAUCUCAUUGAGAUCCGAAUGCCGAAACUUGUGUGCCGCAAUGGAGGUCGUCUCGACAUCCCCGGUCCAGAGAAUUCCAGGGCCGGGUUCAAAGAGCAGUAUUUGUACAACCUCAUGAAUGUUUGGAACCCCAACAAUAUCCAUGAGUCUUCCCGUCAAGCAGGAGCCUUCUCUUGGCUCCGAUUUGCGGACGUGUCAGCCAACGAAGCAUCGGCCAUUGCCAAGAAGGAUAUCUUCCAGCGAGCCAUCGAGCAACACCAACAGCCACAACACCGUGGUCGACUUGGUGUUGUGUUUGACGGAGACGAUGACUCGGUCUUUGAGCCAAAGCGCUCCAUGCUGAACAUAGUCGGCCGGGAAGACAGGGUGCCUCUCGCCGAAAUCACUGCUGAGGGUCACAUGUACAACUUGCUCAAUAUCUCUAAGGCUGCUUUUGAGGAAACUGGCUUAGACAACAUUGAUCGUUGCUCCAGACCGUCGGUAUCGGCUCCUCCCAUCGAGCUCUACUGUGCUAGUCACGGUGCGAUUGCUGAGAAGCAGAGGCAUUUCUUCAAUGUGCCAAUGCGUAAAGCACUGUACGGUGUCUCCGAGAAGUCAGAGCAGGCAAUCAUCCAAUCGAAAGUGGAUCCAGCUGUCAUGCCCGCUACCAGCAUGCUGCCACCACCAACGAAUAGGAAGGGUCGCUUCACCGACAUCGAAGUGCCGUCUAUGCGCCGCUUCGUUACCGAUUCUGGCAAACUUGCGAAGCUCGACGCGCUGCUCAAGGAACUCAAGAAGGGCGAUCAUCGCGUACUGCUCUACUUCCAGAUGACGAGAAUGAUCGAUCUGAUGGAGGAGUAUUUGACCUAUCGCAACUACAAGUAUUGCCGGCUGGAUGGAUCUACCAAACUCGAGGAUCGUCGAGAUACAGUUGCUGACUUCCAGAGCCGUCCGGACAUCUUCAUCUUCUUGCUGUCGACUCGUGCUGGUGGUCUUGGUAUCAAUUUGACAGCUGCAGACACGGUCAUCUUCUACGACUCCGACUGGAAUCCUACCAUCGACAGUCAAGCCAUGGAUCGUGCGCAUCGUCUCGGCCAGACCCGACAGGUCACCGUGUAUCGUCUCAUCACUCGCGGCACCAUCGAGGAGCGCAUCCGCAAGCGUGCUCUGCAGAAGGAAGAAGUGCAACGCGUGGUUAUUUCUGGAGGCGCCGGCGCUCAAGUCGAUUUCAACACCCGCUCUCGCGAGAAUCGCACCAAAGACAUCGCCAUGUGGCUCGCUGACGACGACCAAGCUGCUGAAAUCGAGAAGAAGGAAGCCGAGCUUGCUGCAGCGGAGGCGGCUGCACCGCCAGGCAAGAAACGCAAGAAUGCGAAGAAGCGUGCCGACGUGAGCUUGGACGAUAUGUAUCACGAAGGCGAAGGCAAUUUCGCCGACGACAGUGCAAAGCCCUCGGGCACCGCAACGCCCGUCUCCGCCAUCGAAGGCGCGCCCAAGCGCAAAGGCAAGGGCAUGUCGAAGAAAGCGAAGACGCUCAAGCAGCGGCUGGCGAUUGCUGAUGGCCAGACCGACCACGCGGCAUCAACCAUGUAACACCAACUUACUUUCUUCAUCAUAUUCCCUUUCUCUUCUCUCUCUCUCUUUUCCAAUAAACGUGUAAAGGGAUGGCGUAUGCGGAAAUGCUUUUUCUUGCCUUGUUCGGUUGCAUUGCGGGUGACGGAAGGGAAAGGCGGUUGGACACACAUUUCUGUACCAGUAGAUUCUUCCUUCGAAUUUUUCUCAUACACCUUUGAGGCACCUCAGGCAGUGUCGUCUACGUAGCAAAAGUAAGAUCGUCAGGCUCUAAUUUGAAGCGCAUGUUGCGAUGUCCCUUUG